UUGCAGUGAGUGAUGAGCCCGCGUUUGAUGAGCACCGAAACCAGGUUCACGAUGGCUGUGCCUGUGCGUGCUGCGGCUUUGUAGUCGGAGGAAUUCAUUGAGCUUUCAUCUCAAAGCAUCUCAACGAUUUGCGAGUUUCAGGGAGAAGAAAUUAAGGGAUAAGAAAGGGGGAGGAGCAGAAUUCAACAUAGAAAGCAAACUAAUCCGCUCAAGCAAAGAUGUGCGCCUCCAAACCUAAAACCCUUAGCGCUCUGAGCACACUCAUACGUUCAGCAGGAAACUCUAGCACAUUCAAAUAUUCUCUUCUAAGCAAACCCUUCUCUAAAAACUUCAAUUCGAAACUCUACAGUGAUUGUGCACUCUCAAGCCUCAGGUUUAAGCAAGCAUCUGACUCAGAGGAUCUGCCUAGUAUGGUGUAUAAGCGAAUCCAUUCAAUAUUGGACUGUAAGUCUGGUCAGUCAGACUACAGACCUGAACCAGGGGAAUUUGACAAUGCAAAAGAUUUGGAAAAAAUGUCAGAUAUAUCACACUUGAUGAACAUGUCUCAUAGUACAAUAUCUCUGAAGCGGAAAGAGUUUUCUCGUGAAAAGAAACGAAAUUGUAUGUUUGAAUCCAAACAAUCAAAACGUUUUGGCAAGUUACUUGUGUCUUGUGCUGAUAAACUGGGAGCAGAAGCUGUGCUUAAGUUGUUCCAUAAGUUGGGACGAGAGCUAGGUGUGAAAGAUUACAAUGUACUGAUAGGAAUAUGCAUAGAUAAGGCUAGAGAGGCUGAAAAUGAGGAAAUUGCAAUGGAAGAAAUGGCCAAGGUGUUUAGCAUCUUAAAAUCAAUGAGGGAACAAGGUUUUCAGCUUGAAGAGAAAACUUAUCGCCCACUUCUUUUGCAUAUAAUAGAAAUGGGCAUGGUAGAAGAAUUUCAGUUUUUUACUGACAUGAUUAAAGACAAAAUUCCCAGCUCAAUUUCAAGAUUGGGUUACUAUGAAAUGAUGCUCUGGUUAAGAGUUAAUAAUAAAGAAAAGAUUCGAGAUGCUUGUGCCUAUAUUGCAAACAAUGAUGGUGCAGACACUUCAGAAUUACGAGAAAAUUAUUUAUUGGCUCUCUGUGAAAGUGAUCGGAAGAAGGAUAUUUUGCAAGUGUUGGAAAUUGUAGACAUAAAAAAGCUUUCAUCUGCAGAAUCUAAAGCGAAGAUAUUUCAAUCAUUAGGAAAACUACUGUUGGAACCUGUUGCAGAGAAGUUCCUUUUGGAUUUCAAAAUGUGUGAUCAUGAAGCAGAUAAUAUCACAAACUUCAUUGCUAGGUAUGCUGUCAGCAUGCCAAAUUUAGCGAUGGAGGAUGUUGUCUCAAAAUUCAAGGAAUUGCACCAGACAGUGAAAGUUCCACCUUCAUCCUCAUCAUACGAGAAGCUAAUUUUGCACUGCUGCGACUCAUUGAAGGUACAACCUUCUUACAGUUUGAUAGGUACUCACUAGCUGCAAGUCUUGCCUAUAAGUAAAAGAAAGUUGGAAAGAAAUGCAAGGAUAGUAGAAGCAUCCUGUCAACUCUUAAAGAACCCAUACAGCAUUGACUUGCAUUUUGGUGCACUGUACCCAUUAAUGUUCUUACAUGCUCUGAAGACCAGACUUGAAACUACCAAUAGAUGUGGUAUCUCCUCUUUAAUACUUUCUGAAAAUUAAUUAGAGAGAAAUUAAAGAAGAGGAAAGAAAAAUUGAAAUAUUGUCCUAAACUUGCAAAAAUAAUAAUAAUGAAGAAGAGGAAGAAGAAGAAGAAAGAAAAAUCUGAGCCUUGAAAUCUCAAGAAUGUAGCAAAGAUUUAUAACCUGUCUGUACAUCAAAUACACAUAUUGCCUUCUAAAAAGCCAGGUGUAGAACACCAAAGAGAGGCCAUAAAUAAAACCCUAUUCCAUCACGUUUGAAGACAAAGAUAUGCCCUUAAAAAUGUGAGCAUUUUUCUGUAAAUAUAUCAUGAUCAUAAAUAAUUUCAUCAGUCUUUCCCCUGAUUUUGCUAUCAUAUUGACAUGGCUGGAUGUUCUUGUGUUAUAAUUCCUUUUCUAGUUAAUCAUAAAAAUUUCAUGACAUUAUACAAUGCAUUGGUCACCAUUAUUUGAAUAAUUGAUUAAUCUCAAAGGAAAAAAUAACCAAGACUUUCUCCAUCACCCUCUCCACUAAUGCCUGACUUUCUUGCCAUUAAUAUUUGGACCUACUGCAACAUGCUUCUCCAUGUUUUAUAUGAUACUUGAUCUUUCAUAUUUGAUCUCCAUUAAGGGAGAGCUUGGUUUCCAGAAAGAGUUAAUGAUGAACCUUAAUCCAAAGUGUUGUAAUUUUGUCUUUUGUAAGUGCAGUUAUUGUUACUCCUUCCGUUUUUAUGUUAGAGAAAAUGCCACUUUUGAUUUGUUUUUUAAACAAAAUCGCAUAUUUCAAUAAGCAUUAUUACAAAUUUUUUAAAUCACCCCUCACAAUUUACAUCAAUAAAAAAAAAAUUAAUGCAUAUUAAUGUUGAUUAACAUAAGGUAUUUUAGUUUAAUUUCUUUAUUUUUUGAUACAAUUAUUGUGGCUAACCAUUUUUCUUAAAUUGUAUAAUACAGUUUUUUUCUGUUAUAUAUAUAUAUAUAUAUAACAGAGGGAGUAUGUCUUUUGGCACUAUGUGUUUGCCUUCUUGUGCCAAUUACUAUUCGAAAUAUGUUUUUGUUUUGCAUAUAACCUGGCCUAGUUUGGAGACUGCGACAAUUCUUUUUCUUUCCCCAA